AUGCAUAUUUGUUCAUAACUAGUCGUGCAAAUAAACUUUGUUUAACUAAAACCAAAACACCUCGGAACCGCACAUAAAAUUUGUUCAAGUUAAUAAUCCACACAACCCAGCAACUCAAACCGUCAACAAAUAUACAGUAUUUUAUUUUAUUGCUUGAAAGAUUUUCAAGAAAGCAAUAGAGUCUUGGCUUGACUGCUAGCUCUGGAAAAUACUGGCGAUCCAAGAAAGCGAAAAAGGUGGUUGUCUUUUUGUGGUGGUUUUGAUUCUAUACAAUCUACAUAUAUAAAUAAAUAAGUGAGAAGAGUAAAAUAUCGAACCCAGUGAAGUGGAAGAAGAAAAUAUCAUGAAUUGUCUUCACAAUCUUCCUCGAUUCUCUGUUUCGCCCUUUCAAACAGUUGCUACGCGCUACCACAAGAACCUUCCUCUUUCUCUGAGGAUCGUUAAUAGUUCUUUUCAAGAUCGAAAUAUGGCACUUAAGUCUGUUUCAGGUUCUACACCGAGUGCAGAGACAAGUAGUGCAGAUAUGGAGGAAGAAAAGUCAGAGAUAUAUAGUCACAACAUGACAGAAGCCAUGGGUGCUGUUUUGACUUAUAGGCAUGAACUAGGAAUGAACUACAACUUCAUCCGUCCAGACUUGAUUGUGGGAUCAUGUCUACAGACUCCUGAAGAUGUUGACAAGCUGCGUAGAAUUGGAGUGAAAACUAUAUUUUGCUUGCAACAAGAUCCAGACCUUGAAUAUUUUGGAGUUGAUAUUAAUGCCAUACGAGAAUAUGCCAACAAAUGCAAUGACAUGCAACACUUGCGUGCUGAGAUAAGGGACUUUGAUCCAUUUGAUUUACGGAUGCGGCUUCCUGCUGUAGUUAGCAAAUUAUACAAGGCAAUAAAUUCCAAUGGAGGUGUGACAUAUAUUCAUUGCACUGCUGGACUUGGAAGAGCUCCUGCUGUUGCUUUGGCAUAUAUGUUUUGGGUACUGGGUUACAAAUUUAAUGAGGCUAAUACACUACUUCAGAGCAAAAGGACAUGCUGUCCAAAACUGGAUGCCAUUAAAAGUGCAACGGCUGAUAUCCUUACAGGCCUCAGUAAGAAGCCCAUCACUUUGUCAUGGGAAGACAGCAAUUGCGCUUCAGUGGAAAUUUCAGGACUCGAUAUUGGAUGGGGGCAGAGAAUGCCCCUAGAUUUUGAUGGCAAACAGGGUUUAUGGUUUCUCAAGAGGGAAUUACCUGAAGGACUCUACGAGUACAAGUACAUCGUUGAUGGGGAAUGGACAUGCAAUAAAGAUGAGCUUGUAACCUCUCCCAACAAAGACGGCCAUGUUAACAAUUUUAUUCAAGUCCUUGAUAGCAGCAGCGUUCGGGCCUCUCUUUGGGAGAGAUUGACUGGUGACGAUCCUGAUCUGACAAAGGAUGAACGACUGAGAAUAAAAGAGUUUUUUGAAGCUUGUCCUGAUGAGGAUUUGUGAAUCAUCAAUGCACUUCGUUGUUGAUAUGUAAAGUAUUAGAUGCACGUAUAUACAAUACAUAUCUAAUAAAGAUUGAAUCUGAACCGCAGAUAAGAUCUUUGUUUCAGUUAUAAUGCUGGAAUGCCGCAGCUUAUUGUCUUCCGUAGCAUUGUUUAAAUAGUACACAUACUUUCAAUGUACCAUUAUAUAUAUGUGGCAAUGAGCUUUACAUCUAUAGCUCAAUAGUUGUUAAAAUGUUGUAGUUAAACCCCAAGAGUCAUUUUGAUAUAUUUUAGUUGCAAUCUGAGUUAUAAAAAUUAUAAAAUAGCAUCGAUCAACUCC